AUGCACCGCUCACUCUAAGCACAACACAUCGCCAUUUUCCGUGAACAGGCGCUUCUCCGCGGAGUAACUAGGUCACGAGACACACAGGAAAAUACUCGAAGCGAUUUUCACUAAAGCCGCCGAUCUGAGCUCGUGGAUCUGCCCGCUGCCAUCGCAUCGACCGAGAGCCAAUGAUCGCGUUCGGUUGGGCCGCUCGGAUGAAGUAUUGGAGCGCGGGCCCGGGCUGAGGCGACACCGAUCAACAGCGAACCAACACUAGCAGCGCUACGACACAGAAUGAAACGAGGCCAGAAGCGAGGCGAUAAGGUGGAGGAGGGCGGCGGAUCGGUGUCGGGGCCGGGCCCCGGGGCCCCCGAGGUCUGUAAGCGUCUCCGGCGGGGCGACUCUGAGGAGCGGGAGCAGGAGGACGGGGCGGUGGACUGGGGGCGGCUGCCCGAGGAGAUCCUGCUGCAGAUCUUCCAGUACCUUCCCCUGCUGGACCGGGCCUUCGCCUCGCAGGUGUGCCGCGGCUGGAACCAGGCCUUCCACAUGCCCGAGCUCUGGAGGUGCUUCGAGUUCGAGCUCAACCAGCCGGCCAGCUCCUACCUGAAGGCCACGCAUCCGGACCUGAUCAAGCAGAUCAUCAAACGCCACUCCAACCACCUGCAGUACGUCAGCUUCAAGGUGGACAGCAGCACUGAAUCCGCAGAAGCGGCGUGUGACAUCCUCUCUCAGCUGGUCAACUGCUCUCUGAAGACGCUCGGGCUGAUCUCCACCGCACGACCCUCCUUCAUGGAGCUGCCCAAGUCUCACUUCAUCUCGGCGCUGACGGUGGUGUUCGUGAACUCGAAAUCUCUGUCGUCCCUGAAGAUCGACGACACGCCGGUGGACGACCCGUCGCUCAAAGUGCUGGUGGCCAAUAACAGCGACACGCUGAAGCUGCUGAAGAUGAGCAGCUGCCCGCACGUGUCUCCCGCAGGCAUCCUGUGCGUGGCGGACCAGUGUCACGGUCUGCGCGAGUUGGCGCUCAACUACCACCUGCUGAGCGACGAGCUGCUUCUGGCGCUGUCGUCGGAGCGUCACGUCCACCUGGAGCACCUGCGCAUCGACGUGGUGAGCGAGAACCCGGGCCAGCAGUUCCACUCCAUCAAGAAGAGCAGCUGGGACGCCAUGGUGCGCCACUCGCCCAAGUUCAACCUGGUCAUGUACUUCUUCCUGUACGAGGACGAGUUCGGGCCCUUCUUCCGCGACGAGGUGCCCGUCACGCACCUGUACUUCGGCCGCUCCGUCAGUAAGGAGGUGCUGGGCCGCGUGGGGCUGACGUGCCCGCGGCUGGUGGAGCUGGUGGUGUGCGCCAACGGCCUGCGACCCCUGGACGAGGAGCUCAUCCGCAUCGCGGAGCGCUGCAAGCAGCUGUCGGCCAUCGGCCUGGGCGAGUGCGAGGUGUCCUGCAGCGCCUUCGUGGAGUUCGUCAAGAUGUGCGGCGGCCGCCUCUCGCAGCUCUCCAUCAUGGAGGAGGUUCUGGUGCCCGACAACAAGUACGGCCUGGACGACAUCCACUGGGAGGUGUCCAAACACCUGGGCCGCGUCUGGUUCCCCGACAUGAUGCCCACCUGGUAGACUCGCGGACCGCGGCGGCGCUCGUGGAUUUUGUGCUUUUUCUACGUUUGGAACAGAAACGACGAAGCGUUCACAGAUGCGCUUCAGACGCUCGCCGCGCGUUUUCUACUCUCUAGUCGGCGCGACUGGCGCGAAGACGAUCUGUGUGUGUGUUCGUGUGUAAACGUACGUGUCAUUUUUACUCUCAGCAGCUUGUUCGUUCGUGCUCCGUGCCGGUUUCGGCGUCCGAUGAAGGCAGAGACGUGGAUUUCAAGCACUUUCACCAAAUGAAGUUUCAGCUCGUCGGUUCACCGAGGCGAAUCGGAUUGUGUUUUGAUUCUCUUGUAUUUGCUCUUGUUGUUCAUUCCGGAUGGAAGUGAACGGCGCUGGAUUCAGAAGCGCACGCGACUCGUUCUGACUGGGGCUGCACGAUAAUGCCUCAACUGGCCGUUUGUUUGAAAUUGUAAUCAAUUAUUGUUAUUUUAUUGUCAAUUUUUAUUUAAUCAGAAUUAUUUUAUUUAUAGUAUAAUAUCAGGGCUAUUAUAGAAGUCAACUCUCAUGGUUUGUAGAUUUAGUCGUGAAAGGAAACAGACUGACUGUAUGAGCAGAAUAUCUCAAUAGAGAUCACUGAACUUCAACUCGGAUCACCAAUAAUGUCAUUUUAUUGUCAAUUUUUUUUUUUUUAUUUCUUGAGAAUCUCACACUCUGAUGGUUUGCUCACAGAUUCAGUUGCAGCGAAUGACAAACAGACUAGCAAUGUGACUAUUAUUUGAUUAGAGUCUCUCAAUAGAGAUCGCUGAACUACAGCUUUGCAUGUUUGUUGGGGUUUUCAGAUCAUCAGAUCUUUUUCUGUAAUACAGAGUGUGUGUGUGUGUGUGUGUGUGUGUGUGUGGUUGCCUGGUUGAGAUCUUUUAAAACACUGAGCAGAAAAUGUAUCAGUUUAAGAGGAAACUCUUGGCAUCUGGCAACCCACGAAUGGUUGUGGAAGCUCGUUACCAAUGCAAGAGAACUAAUUAAAACAACCUUUUCACGAUAAAUAACCAAAUACUGUGCGAUUAUGCGGUCGUGAUUAACAUGAUUUAUCGUGCAGCCCUAUUUCUGACGUCAGCGUCUCCGUCACAGAUGAGAAUGGAGACGUUCAAUCUGUUUGACUCGCUCAUUCAGUCAAAGUCUGUCGACACUUCCUGAUUUCACCGUUUGCUCCCUGAUGAAGAUGAAGAUGCCGUCAGCUCCCGUUUUGCUGUUUUAAUGGCGGGCGGUUCGAGCGCUGAAGGAAAUCGGAUGUUUGUACAGCGUGUUAUUGUGCGUCAUUCGAUUGGGUUUCAGACUCAAGAUCAGGGACUUCCUGUUUCAUCUGAAAUCCACAUCACGUGCUCCUCGUCAUCACGUGCUGACGAUCGCUGGCGUUUCAGAUGGUGUGGGACGUGAUUUGGGGUCGGUUUACGUCAGACGCUCGUGUUUCGGUUGUUCCGUGAGUCGUCCCGAGGCCGGCCGCGUCUCAAACGGACGGGAUGGACGCCCGUGUCCGCGGCGGAUGUAAAGGCUUCUGUCAGCGCAGCUCCUUCGGUUCAUUAGUUAUCAAGCAAUAUAUUACAGACACGGACGCAGAUCCCAUUCAGAUCAUUUCCCUGCACUUUAUAUAGAAAUGUAUUUUAGAAAUGUACAUAUGAGAUUAUCGGUUGUGUCAAUAUUUCUCCUGAUGAUUAAUAUUGUUAUUAUAUUAUUUUCGUUGCAUUAUAAAUGAAUAGUGAUAUAAGCUUGUCAUGAAGCGUCAUGUUGUUCUUUUAGGCGUUUAAUCGCUCGGCUUCAGUCCGAUGAUCGUUUUUAUGUAUUUGCCUACAUAGAACUUUAUCCGUAAAAGACAAAAACAAAUGUGGUGUAAAUGUUUUUGUUGUUGUUUUGGAAUAAACUUUUGUGAAUGUAAGAA